CCAUGAUAGUAUCAUUGUUGUAUGGUGUGUGAAAUCUAUGUAAUUUUCAUUUCUAUUUAUGAACUAGUAACAAACCCGUGCAUUCGCACGGGUUCUCGUACGGGACGCACAUUUGUUUCAUAUAUACAUUUUUUUAAUAGAAAAAUGUCUGGUACCGGUGAAAAAUAAUAAUUAAAUGUAUAGAAAAAUGUCUGGUACCCGUAAAAAACUAAUAAUUAAAUGUAUAGAAAAAUAUCUGGUACCCGUGAAAAAAUAAUAAUUGAAUGUACAAAAAAAUAUCUGGUACCUGUAAAAAAAUAAUAAUUAAAUGUAUAGAAAAAUAUCUGGUACCCGUGAAAAAAAUAAUAAUUGAAUGUAUAGAAAAAUAUCUGAUACCCGUAAAAUUUGGGGUUAAAUACUGUUCACCCCCUGCCAAAUUAGCGAGAUUCGGUUUUCCCCCUUAUUAAAAAAAAAUUUAGCCUUUGCCCCUUAACAAAUAAAGAUUCUCCAGAGGGAAACCUUAUUGAGGGAGAUUCCAUCAGACAUGCCUACGUGUAAUGGAUCUUCUUGCUUAUGUGGCUGGUUGUGACACAGUGGCAAGGGAAGAAGAAGCGUGCGUGUAAGAAUAAUGUUCCGCCACCGUCAAAGGCCAACAAACCGCCGUCACAGUCCAAGCAAAGGAAGAAAAAGGAGCAGGAGGCGGUAAAGUCCAAGACGGAGAAGCAAUUGAGGCAUGCAAACAAGAACGAAGAAGGAGGAACCUCCGUGCGUGAUGAGGAGUUUAACGAUAAGUUCAGUGCUGUACUCCAAUAUGGUGGGGAGUUUGUGUUUCUGAACGACGGUCGUACGAUUUAUAGAGGUGGUAUGUCGUCGUUAGUUUCGGAACUCCGUUUAGAAGAGUUUACCUUGGAUAGUAUUAUUAGAAAGGAUGACGAUUGUUAUAACUUUGCUGCAUAUAACUGUGCGAAUCGAAUAGACGGGGAACUUUUUAUAGAGCAUGAUGUUGUAGAUAUGGGAGCAACAGUAAGACUUCCUAGGUGUGUUAAUGAGGUUGGUGAGAUGGAAGGAAGUGAUGAAGAUGAGGUUGAGGGGCUAGGUGAUAGUGAAGAUGAGAGGGCCACUGCGCUUGUUGAUGGUUUUGAUGUUUUGUAG